GCAGUUCGUGAGAGGAUACUGUCGCAUUAGUUUGCUUCGAACUCUCUCUCCUGACAUAAGGUGUGCCAUGAUCGUAAAAAAUAAUUUUACGUAAUAUAAACGAUAGAACGAAGGUGACUUCGACAUAAGCGUUGGUGCGAUGGAGAUUUCCAUAAGCACAACUAAUAAUACAGCGACGAACGUCCCAAAACAAGAUAUAAAGAAAGCUACGAUUAACAAAAAACAAGAAAAUAUAAUGGACAAAGAUACAAAAUCUUUAACAGAUUUAUUUCCAUGGAUUUCUGAAUUUAAAAAAAUGUGUAAAAUCAUAUACAAGGAUUGUAAUAUGUCUUCUUUAACAGAGCUUAUGGAGUACUAUAUGAGAAAUAUAAGCAUCAGUGUAAAUGAAUGUUAUACAAGACCUUUAUGGGCAGCACGGUUAAAGGAAUCUAUUAGUGAUACCUUAGUUUUAUUCUUAUACAUUUACCGUAUGCUUUCAGAGAAUCAUGAUAAAUGUAUUUAUCUUAAUUAUAUGUCAGACUUACUGGCAAUAUAUAUAGAUAUGGAAUUAAAAGCAUCAAGAAAAACUAAGGAAGAUCAGGGUAAAAUUUGUGGUAGACUUAUUUCUUGCCUAUAUGUUUAUCUUGAACAUUCCACAGAACACUUGUUAGAUACUCUUAUAAAGGUACAAUUUAUGUGUCGCAGUUACCAUGCCAUUUUAAAUCCAGUAUUAACGAAAGUUAUUAAAAAUAUUCCCUUACAUCCAGAAUCAAACAUUAUGUAUGUGCGUUACUUACUUGUAUAUCGCCUAUGGAGGAAAAUAAAUAGUAGCGUGCCAAUAAAAAAUGAAAUUACUGCAGCUGCAGUUACUUCUCUUGGGCCACCACCUACUUUUCCACAAUUAUUGGAUGGCGUAUUACCAAAAGUGCCAAAGUUUCAAUCAAACGCUGCAAAAUUUCUUUUACAAUACAAAUUUGACACAAGAAAAUCUUGCAAAAUAUUUGUACAAUUUUCUAAAGAAAGUAAUAAAAGAAUAUAUAAAGAGUACAGUAAGGAUAUAAAAGCCACUAUGAGUUCAUCCAAUAUAUGUGAUAUAGAAAAGGACGUCGACCUAGCACCUAAAAAUAUAGAUAAUUUUCAUAAUAAUGUCAAUUCUAAUUUAUCUGAUAACAGUAGUGGUAGUAACUUUAUUUCUUUGCAUAAUUCUUGUAAAUCUGUAACUACAACAGAUGAAACAUGUUUUAAAAGUUUAGGUAAAAUUUCGGAUAAUAUUUCUACCAAUCGUGUUGCUCCAAAAGUAUUUACGAAAAUUAAACCUUGUUCUCAAAGAAAUUUGAAAAAAUCGAAUAAAAUUAUAGUUAUUGACCUAACAAAUGACGUACAGAUUGAAAAAUGCAUAAUAAAUAAGAGAAAAUCUAAGAAACCUGCAUGGUUGGAAGAAGCCAAGAAACAAAUAAGUUUAAAAAAUAUGAAAACUUCAAUGAAGAUGAAAAGAAAAAUACAGAAAAAAGUGGAUACUACCAAUUCAACAAAGCAUGCAACAGAAAGUAAUUGCCAAUUACAAGAUAUAACAUUAAGGACUUCCAAAGUAACUUCCAAAGAUGAUGCACUAGAUUCUUCUAUGUGUGAUGUUAAGAACAGUGGUAACACGGAUAUAAAGAAUUCUAAUCUUAUUCUUUCAGCACUUACAGAAUCAUUAAAUAGCGAAAAAUUAGCGUCAUCGAUAAUAAAAAAUUGUAAUGAUGUUAAUAUUGAUACAACAACUAAUCCAUCUUCUGAUAACAAUGAAUAUGCAUCAAAUACAACUGUUGAAACUAUAGAUGCUCCUACAAAUACUCGGGAAUGUUAUAAUGAUAGUAAUGUUUCGGAAUUAAAGAAAAGUAGCACUAUAAACGAUAGACUUAAACAGGCUGUGAUUAAAGAACUGAUAGAAAAAGACAUUUCUAUAGAGAAUGAAAUAUGUGAAAGAAGCGAUGUUAACAAGAAAAUCUGUGAUUUAAAACCACAACCUUCAAUUAUAGAAAGUAUCACAAUAGAUUCUCAGUGUAACUCCAAAGACGAGGUAGAUAGCCUAAAUCUUAGUAAGAUCGUAGUGGAAAGUAGCACAUCGGAGGACAUAAUUGCCUAUUCAGAAGUUAAGCAAGACGAACAUUGUGUCCAGGAAACAUUGAAUAAUAAAGACAUAGAAUCUGAUUGUGUAAAAGAAAAAGAUCUGUCUACAAAUUCUUAUUUGGAAAAGACCAAUGAAAGCCAAAGUAUAAGCAUAAUUGAAUUAGAGAAUAAUAGUAGGGGUGAAAAGCUAGAAUAUGAGAGAUGUACAAUUUUAAAAUCGUCUAUGAAUAAUACAUUCAAAUAUGAAAAUAAAGAAGGUUUUCUUAUUAAUAAUGAAAUCUUAGAACAACAGCAGAUAUUUCUUGAAUCUCAAAAGAAUUCUGAAAUUUCUUGUCCUGGAUAUUUAAGUAAUACAAUAAGUUUCAGCGUAAUGAAUGGAGAUGAUUCAGAUGUACAAGCUGAAGUUGAAAUUGAUAAUUCUAUUGAAGAUGGUGAUGAUAUGAGCACCAUUAAGACAUUUGAUUUUGAAGAUAAAAUCUAUAAUUCAGAAGAAAAUUUAAUUGAUAUUGCAAAGAAUAUAGCAAUACAUGAUAUUGAAAUUAAACAUACAUGCAAAGGAGACAUUGUAAAUAAUCAAUAUGCAAAUCAAUCUAUAGAGUAUGAUAAACAAAUAUACAAUGAGAAUGAUAGCAACCAAAAAAUUGUUAUAGAGAAUAUAGAUGAGAGUAAGUCACAUAAUUAUCCUGUAUUACCGACUAUUUUCCAGAAAGAUGUACAACUAUUAAAAAAUUCUCAUGAUGGUAAUGCAAGUAAGAAUAUAAAUGAGGACUUCUCUGAAAUUGAAGAAAUAAAUAACGAUCCUAAAACCUCUGACAAGGGAUAUAUUAUACAUAGUACUGAGUUAAGUGCUGAAGAAAAUAUUGAUGGUCUUUCCUUAUUAGCUAGUGUAUCACAACAUGUACCACAUUUAAAAGCUGAAUCCGAGACACGAUGUGAUCAAAUCAAAGUUAAAGAUUAUGCCGUUUUAAAAAAUACUUCAUCUAACCAAGUCAUUGAUGAUGAAACAGAUACUAAUGAUUCGUCCAAUACUAUAUCACAACUUUGUGAAAAUCCCACAACCGAAUUAAUUAAUCGGAUUGUCGGUGUUUAUCCAGAAGAUGAAUUGGAAAAAGUGGAACUUUGUGUUAAAUUAACAUCUACGAGCAAUGAAAAUACAACAAAUGCAGAAAAUACAUCUUCCGUGAACGUUUCUCACAUUUUUCAAGGUUCUAUGAAUUAUGAAACAUCAGAUACAUUGUCAAACAUUGUGGUUCCACUUGAAAAUAAUGUACAAUCUACCAAAGAAAAUACAAAUGUUAUACUGAACGGAGAAACAGUUGUGUUGCUGCAAAAAUCGCCAAAUAGUAAUUUGUAUAUCAUCAAUAAAGCUGUAGAAAAUGCAAGAAAUCAUAAUGACAAUGAAACAAGUAAUAUCAUGGAAAAGAAUAGGCCAACAACACCUUCAGAAGAUGAUACAUCAUUUGAGAUUAUUAACACUCUUGAUCAUACUUUUAUACAAGAAAAACAUUCUAUUGAAGCAAAAAAAGAUAUUAAAAUAGAACCUAAAGAAGAUAAUGCAAUAUUAAAUCUUGCAGAAGAAAAAUUAUAUACAAAAAAGGCUUCACUCGGAGCAAAUGUACUAUCUACUCUUCAAGCAACUUUGCAAGAUAUUGAUGCUGCAAGCCUAACUACAACUAAUGAAGGGAAUGAUAAACAUAAAUCUUCAUCAAAAUCUAUCUCUACUUGUAGACAAAAUAUUAAGCAAGAAUUUACUACACUUCCUAAUCGCAUUACAACUAAUUAUGCUGUACAGGGAUGUGCAGGAAUGCAUUCACAUUCUCGUGAAACAAUUGAAUCGCAACAUUCAUUACAUAUUCCUGCAUCUCAUCCUACUGCAUUACCAUCAUCAAUUUGUAGUAAUUGUUCAGCCACUACAGAUUUAUGUGUGCCAUAUCAUAAGCACUGUACAUCUGUCUCUUGUAGUUUGCAAAUAAAUACUACUACAUCUUUGCACUCUCAUGUAAAUACGAACAAUUCUCGUGGGAGAUCGCAUUGUUCGUGUUUAAAUUGUACAUAUGAUAUAGUUACACAUUGUCGACAAUGUAUACAUCCUGGUACAGAUUCUCACGUAUCAUGCAUUGAAAGUAACUCAUAUUUUUUGCCCACGCAUUCAUCAGUACAAGCAUCCACCGUCCAGGAACAUGACAGGACGAAAAAUGAAACUGUUAUAGGAAAAUUGUAUGAUGAUAAAAUUUUAUAUAAAGUAGAACAAGAUCGUUUACAAAAUAAUACAUUAGAAAAAAUUGACAUGAAGUGUGAUGCAACAAGAUUGAGUAAAACUAACUUCAAUAGUAAGUUACCUCUUAAGAAAAGAUUAAAAGCACAUGCUAUGAUGUCAAUGGCAUGUAAAGAAAUACCAAUAAAAACAGAAAAAUUAGAUAAUUAUCCUGGUAUACCUAUGAUGUCUAUAGCAGCUUUAGAAGCACUUGACACUACAGAAAAACAUCAGGAGCAAAUUGUAAAACCAGCUUUUGAAUUGUCUCCUACCAAAAAAGAUGAUUUACAUAAUAAUUAUCAUUUUACUGCAAAUUUAGUACGACGAGAUUAUUGUAAGGACAUUCAUGAUACCACGGCACAUGAAUCAAAUGCUACAGCAUGCCAAGAAUCUUGCCAUCAAAGAACAUUUAAAACACCUGCACAACGUAAAGAAAUCGCUGCAUCCGAAAUGACAACAAUAAAACGAUUUGCAUCAGAAACUAUAGCGACAGAUGUACCUUAUAAAAAAGCAAAAAAAAUUCGAUCACCCACCAGAAGAACCAGAAGUUCGAAAAGAAAUGUCCCUAAAGUAAAUUAUUCUUAUUCUGACAAUGAUCCAGAAUGGAAUUCAUCGGGUGUAUUGAAACGUAAACGUAGGAAAAACAGUCGAUGAUCAAUACUGUUUAAUUACGAAACUCAUUAUAAAUGCCACAAAAAUACAAAAUAAAAAGAUGAAAAUAUGAUAUAAGUGACAAGAUUAUGAAUGUAUGUAAUUCAUAAAUAUAAUAUAUAUGUACGUGUCCACAUGUGUAUAAAUAUAAGUUUUCAUCGUUGGAAGAUACUAUAAGUGAUAUCUGCAAAUAAAUAGAAGAUCGACUAUGAAGAACAUCAUGGAAAAUCCACAAAGCAUCAUCGUGGAAGAUUUUUAGGAAUCUUUGUCAUAAGAUAUCAUAAUAUUUAAUUAAUCGCUGUAGUAAUGUAUGUGUAGAGAAUUUUAAGACUGUUAUUUAGAAUCUAUGUUUGUAUCACUAAUUAAUCAAAGUAAUAGAUGUAUUCAAAUAAUACAAAGCUGUAUUCAAAUAAUUUAUUUUAAGUUUAAAUUUCAUUCCAUUCAUGUUUUUUUAAAUUUAGUAAAAAGAAUGUAGUUUUCAAUUAUGUUAUAUCAUUUUGUCACUGCUGUGAUUAACUUAUAAAAAGUUUCAAAAUAAAUAUCUAUAUAAUUAUGUAUAUAUAACAUAUGUACAAAUAAACAUGCCAAAUUCGUUUACUUUACAUAUGCAUCGUACUAAUAAAAUUACAAGAUUAUAGUAAAAGAAGAAAGUAGAUUGGGAUAUAUAUGGAAAUUAAGUUAAUGAUUGUUAUGAUCAGCAGUGUUAUCCUCAAGUCAUGGUACCAAAACUGAUUCAUGAAUAAACAAGUCAUUGAGAGAAAGUUUACAAAG